UACUCACUUAUAUUAAACACAUAAAUUGUUCUCUAAAUGUGUGUAUGUAUAUAACAAUGCUACAUACAUGUACACAUUACUCAUUCCAAAUUAAAGGUAAUAUUCUACCCUUGAUUAGCAUCGAGAAAAAUUCAAAGCCUUCCUAUGUAUACAAAUUUAAGAAUUAUUAAAGAAAUGUUAAAUAAAUCUAAAUUUAUAAUAUAUUCAGGUAAAGUAUUAGGAAAGUUAAUGUAUUAGAUAUAAUAUAUUCAGGUAAAAUAUUAGGAAAAGUAAUGUAUUAGGAAAAUUAUCCAAUCACAAAUAAUCCUGAGAAUUAAGGCUUGAUCGUCUCGCGGCGUGACAAGAAUUAUGUGACAGUGGAAGCGAGAAAUGAAAUGUAAAAAAUUUCUUGCGUCGUAUAGCUUUAUUUUGUACUUUUCUCUUAAAAAUAUGAUAUUUUCAUAUUCUUAAGGGAGCUUUCACCUUUGUCGGCUUCAAAAAAUCAAUUUUUUUGCUUAUUUUUAUUCCUACAUAUGUGUAGAAUAUUUCUGUAAAAGGAUUUUUUAAAAUUCGCAAUAUUAACGGAGCUACGAGCUGAAAUACAUAAGGGUGCACGGGCUAUCCAAGCGCUCGCCAGCGCAGCAGCACUUGUAAACGCUAUUCAGAUCACUAUUCAGAGAAAACCGGUAGAUGUUGAUUUCUAUCAGUCCAGAAGGAACCUUAGUGUUAUCUUCUAUAUACUAAAUAAUUUAGGAGCAGGUAGAAAGCCGUUAGAACUGCUUGAACCUUGUUCUUUAUCGUGCAUAGUCGUGCAUUGUCGUCAGUUGAAUAAACGUGUUCUCAAAAUGUUCCACGAUAAGAAAACUUCUAAAACUAGUAGUACUCGACCUGGAAAAAAAGGAAAGAAACGGCGAUUCUACGGGAAUCAACAUUCAAGUGAAAACGAAACGGAGUUUGCCAGUACAUCGGCAAAAAAACUGCAAACGUCUAGUGAUGAUGACGUGCGAGUGGAUGUGCUGCAAAGUUAUUGUAUUAUUAAUUUUCUAUCGAUUUUUCCCAAAUUACUGAAAUACUGGAGUGCAAAAUAUGCAAAAAAGAAGUUCGUUUCAGUAAGGCUGGAGAAAUGGGUUUAGGAUUUAAAUUAGUCGUUGAGUGUAGCUGCAAAACAGAAAGCAUUGAGUCUUGUCUUCUUAUUAACAAUCGAUCGUUUGAAAUUAAUCGAUGAAUAGUCUUUGUGAUGCGCAUUUUGGGCAUUGGCCUGAGUGGCUUAAAUAUAUUUUGUGGUUUAAUGGAUUUAUGCAAUGGCUUUACUACGCGCAUGUACUAUACUGCUAUGGAUAACAUUUACACCGCCGCGCAAGCUGUGCACGAUCUUAGUUUGAAAAACGCCGCAAAAGAAGAAAUCGAUGAAAAUACAAAAGCAGGUAACGAACCGUUACAUUUAUCUGUAUCUGGUGACGGUACAUGGAGCAAAAGAAGCUUUUCGUUCUUAUUUGGUGUUACACUGAUCGGAAAGUACACAAACAAGAUAGUAGACGUUGUGAUUAAAUCUAGCUUUUGUAAAGCAUGUUCACUUCGAAAACAUGACAAUUCUAUAGAAGAUUUAUUGUGGCAAGAGGAACACGCAGAACAGUGUACGAUCAAUCAUUCAGGAAGCGCUGGAAAAAUGGAAGUCGACGGCGUUAUUGAAAUGUUCCAACGUUCUCAAAAUUUACACGGCGUUAUGUACGAAAAUUAUAUAGGUGAUGGGGACAGCAAAACUUUCAAAAGUUUAAUCAAUGAAAACCCAUAUGAAGACAAAUUAUUGGUUAAGAAAAAAGAAUGCAUUGCACACGUUCAAAAACGUAUGGGGAAUAGAUUGAGAAAUGCCAAAAAAUCACACAAAGGUAUUGGUGGAAAGGGAGCAGGAAAAUUAACGGAAAAAUUAAUUAAAGACCUCACUAUUUACUAUGGAUUAGCAAUACGACGAAACACAGAGUCUUUGCUCGACAUGAAAAAUGCAGUAUGGGCGACAUAUUAUCAUAAAAUAUCAACCGAUGAAGAGCCCAUGCAUUCUCAUUGUCCUCCAGGAUCAAAUUCUUGGUGCAGCUGGCGCGUCGCAGAAGCUAACGGCACGCUUCAAAAUUAUCAUCAAAUGAUCCACCUCUGUCUUCUGACAUUCAAACUGUCAUUUAUAAAAUUUAUGAAGAUUUAUCAGAUAAUGAUUUGUUAACGCGAUGUCUCGGGGGGCAUACGCAAAAUAAUAACGAAAGUUAUAACGCAGUUCUCUGGCACUUUGCGCCGAAACAUGUCUUUUCUGGUGCAAAAAUUAUAUCUGUCGCAGCAUUUUUGGCAACCUGUACGUUCAAUGACGGAUUUAAAAGUUUAUUGCUAAUAAUGAACAUAUUGGGAAUCCGUAUUGGACUAAUAGCAAAGCUAUGUGCCGACGAAAAGGACAGACAACGCGUGAGGCAGGCAAAUCGUCGCACGUCAAAUUCUUCACAAGAAACCAGAACAGCUCGGCGAUUGGAGAAACUGGCAGAAAACGAUUUCUUUGAAGAAGCAGAGGGACUAUUAUAUGGACCUGGUAUUGCAGAUUAACCAUUAUUUGGAGAGGCUGAAUCACGGACGCCAUGGAGGCGUGUUUUUCCGAUGACC